UCCUCCGAACAAAGUCGAAUCUGCUGUGGACAUUUGGAAAAUAGUCUAUAAAGUAAUAAUAAAAAGGUUUGAACGGGAAAACUACGUAAUGAUGGUAAUAAUUUUUGAAACAAUUAUGUUAUAUAGACAUGCGAGGCAAUUGGAUCGGUAAAGGUUGGAGAACAGUAUUUGUUUAAAAUGAGACAACGAGAGGAUAGUAGUGAAGAAUCAAGAUUGAUAUGCAAAGCCAUGGAACAUAUGUUAGAAUUAGUCGAAACGAAACAAGAUAUAUUAUGCCAAAGAGGAAGCAAAUAUACGGAAAAUGACUAUCUUCGCAUCGUAUGGUCACCUAUUCUUGAACGCAUAUUCUCCUCCCCAUUACGGCUGAUAAGCGGCGAAAGUAUUUUUAAAUACACAACCAAGCAAAAACAGCAGUUAUAUGAUGAAUCCAAUGACGUGAAGGGCUUCAAAAUUGAUAUCAGAUAUGUUGUGGAUAAAAAUGGCAAAACGUAUGAUUUGGGCGCAGCUGAGUUGGGUAAAGAUGGUGCAAGUUGCAAGAUAAUACAAGACGAAGGAAAGCUUACACGGGAAGGCAAAGAUGUCGUCGAUUCCUUGUUGAAAACGUUACACGAAAGCAACCAUCGUCAUGUUUUAUCUUGGAUUAUUCAAAUUGACGGUAUGUAUUAAAAUGACACUAUGAUGAUAAAUAAUUGACAAUGAGAUGUGCUCUAAAU